AUGUUUGAUCCCUGGAAAUUAGAAGGAGCUAUUGAAUUACUACCAUUCAAGUGUGAUCGCAUUUCGGAAAAUUGUUUUGUUGUAGGAGAAUUAAAGGUACAAGGACGAGCGUUACCUUCAGAUUCUGUCUACCAAGGUGCAGAUGCUAGUUUGUUCUGUUGCAUCAAUAUGGAUCCACGAUCAUUUAUUGAUGAUGACGGAGUUGACUUCAUCCAAAAUUCCUCAAUCAUACGUGAACCAACUAAUACGCCUUACGAUGAGAUUUUUACGGAUGGUAUUGAGCCACCUCGUUGUUGGUCUCUAGAAAUCAAGAAUGCACAAUUUAGUGAUAGUGGAACAUAUCUUUGUCAUGUUAAAACAACUGGUAAACAUGAAAUCAACACUAAUCACACGAUCAAUUUUCUUGUUAAAGGUAUUCUUAAGCAUUUAUUCGUCAGUAAUUUGUUUGCUACUAUUUAUAGCUUAAUAACUGCUUCAGUAAAAUAACU